AUGGAAGAAGAGCUGAAGUGCCCCGUCUGCGGUUCUCUCUUCCGGGAGCCCAUCAUCUUGCCCUGUUCGCACAAUGUCUGCCUGCCCUGCGCCCGCACCAUCGCUGUGCAAACGCCGGAGUCCGAGCAGCAUCUCGCCGGCGGAAGCAGUGGGACCGGUGGCGGUGGCGGAGACCACGCCGACAAGGUGAGCUUGCACAGCGAGACGGACAGCGGCUACGGCUCCUACACCCCGAGCCUGAAAUCUCCUAACGGGGUGCGAGUGUUGCCCUUGGUGCCUCCGCCUCCGGGACUGUCGGCCGCGGCGGCUUUGGCCGGGCCCCGCGGGAGCGGAACCAGCUCUUCGCUCACCUGCCCGCAAUGCCAUCGCAGCGCUUCCCUGGAUCCCCGCGGCCUGCGCGGCUUCCAGCGCAACCGCCUCUUGGAGGCCAUCGUGCACCGCUACCAGCAGAGCCGGGCCGCCGCUUCGGCUAUGGCCAAAUGCCAACUGUGCGACCGCAGCCCUCCGGAGGCGGCCGCGGUGCUGUGCGAACAGUGCGAGGUGCUCUACUGCUCGGCUUGCCAGGUCAAAUGUCACCCGUCCCGCGGGCCUUUCGCCAAGCACCGCUUGGUUCCUCCCCCCAGCCAGCAGCAGAGCGCCCCUAGCGGCGCGGGUGGGGCGUGCGGCGGAGGAAGCAAAGUCCUGGGGCUUGCCCGCAAGUCCCCAACCUGUGCGGAUCAUGAGCUGGAGAACUACAGCAUGUACUGUGUGUCCUGCCGGACCCCCGUCUGUUACCAAUGUCUGGAAGAAGGGAAACACUCCAAGCAUGAUGUGAAAGCCCUGGGAGCCAUGUGGAAACAACACAAGAGAAGAGUCACAAUGUUGAGCAGUGGAAGAAAAGAUAAAUGUCAUAGGCACUGCAAGGAAUGUCUCUGA